AAAUUCACGAACCUUGAUCAAAUCGCCCCAGGCGCCCUGUUUUCACCGUCGUCCCCGGUACCUUACCUUUUCCCAUGCCAAUGCCUUAUAAUUUCAAUUCAAUUGAAUUGUCGGGUUAUGUGUGUUCUCAGCUGUCAUUUUGUUCAUCAGCAUGCUACCUAUCAGUUAUACCUGAUGAGGAAAUUCAUUGCAUUGAGGAUGUAUUUCUUUAUUCUUUGCCUCAUAGUUGCAUUGGUAAAUUGUACCAAACACAUAAAUUCAACCAUUUUAUCUAACAUUUCCUGCAAGUUGUCUAGUAACUGCAACAUCUUGCCUCUAGGCUCUAAACACUGGAAAGUUGAUGCUAAAACCAAGAGCUAAAACACCUUUCAGACUGUAAGCUGAUCCAUGCCAUUUUGCCGCUGAUAAUUUUCUUUCAAAUUGUGUGCAAAAUAUUGUGAUAGAUUAAGCAAUGACCACCAUGGUAUCAGAAAUGAAGAAAUUCAAGAAAGCUGUGCAUAAAAUUGGCACACACAAUGGCACAUUUCAUUGUGAUGAAGUACUGGCAGUCUCUAUGCUGAAAAUGCUACCAGAAUGUCAAGAUGCUGAAAUCAUCAGAUCUCGUGAUGAGGAUAUGCUGAAGGAAUGUGACAUUGUCGUGGACGUUGGCGCCGUCUACGAUCCCGACAACCACAGAUACGACCACCACCAAAAGUCGUUCACAGAGACGAUGCAGUCGGUGUCGGGCGGCCGGAAGCCGUGGACCACGCGGCUCAGCUCGGCCGGACUCGUGUACCACCAUUUCGGCCGCGACGUGCUGGCCGCGCGGCUGGGCGACGCGCCGGCCGACACCCACGAGGUGCUCUACGACCGGCUCUACCAGACGUUCGUCGAGGAGAUCGACGCCGUCGACAACGGCAUCAACCAGUACGACGGCACGCCGCGGUACCAGGUGACGUCGACGAUCGGGGCGCGCGUGUCGCGGCUGAACCCGGCCUGGAACGACCCGGAGCCCGACGAGCGGGGCCGCUUCGAGCGGGCCAUGGCGCUGGUGACGGCCGAGUUCGGCGAGGCGCUGCGCCGUCUGCACACCGUCUGGCUGCCGGCCCGCCAGCUGGUGGAGGCGGCGCUGCGCGACCGGCACCGGGUGCACCCGAGCGGUCUGAUCGCCGAGCUGCCGGCCGGCGGGGCGCCCUGGAAGGACCACCUGUUCACGCUGGAGCAGCAGCUAGAGCCGCCGGCGCAGGUCAUGUUCAUGCUCUACACCGACCAGAACGGCAACUGGCGCGUGCAGACCGUGCCGCCCUUCGUCGGAUCGUUCGACAUGAGGGUACCCUUGAAGAAAAGCUGGCGUGGAUUGCGAGAUGACGAGCUUUCGAAGGAGUCUGGCAUCUCCGGCUGCGUCUUCGUGCACGCCUCUGGCUUCAUAGGCGGCGCGAAAAGCAGGGAAAGUGUUUUGGAGAUGGCGCUGCAAUCGCUCAGAGAGGCUGACAAGCUGUGAUGCUACCUGCAAGCAACGUGAUCUCGCAUGCUCCGGGCCGAAUAUACGUCUUUUGUUUUUAUUUAGUUG